AUGCAGCGUCCGCCAUCGACUGUGGAGGAGCAGUUGAUACUAAAAGCAAUUGGAGAAGAAUGCAUGUGGGAGGGCCUCCCCAAGCGCUUGCAAUCUACUUUGAAUUCUAAGGAAGAAUGGCAUCGAAGGAUAAUUGACCAUUGUAUCAAGAAAAGGCUCUCCUGGAGUGCUUGCUUUGCUCGGAAAGUAUGCAAAGAGGGUGAAUAUUAUGAAGAACUGAUGCGUUAUCUUCGAAGAAAUUUAGCGCUCUUUCCUUACCAUCUUGCCGAAUAUGUUUGCCGCGUUAUGAGAGUUUCCCCCUUCAAAUAUUACUGUGACAUAUUGUUCGAAGUGAUGAAAAAUGAACAACCCUAUGACAGCAUCCCUAACUUUAGUGCGGCAGAUGCGCUGAGGCUCACAGGGAUUGGAAGAAACGAAUUUAUUGAUAUCAUGAACAAAUGCAGAUCUAAGAAAAUUAUGUGGAAGCUGAACAAGUCAAUAGCUAGAGAACUCUUGCCAAUAGAACCUGUGGAAUUUUUAAUUGAACCAUGGUGGGGAGUUUGUCUUGUAAACUUCACUUUGGAAGAAUUCAAGAAACUCUCAGAUGAAGAAAUGGCAACUAUUGACAAAAUCUGUAAGGAGGAAGCAAAUUCCUUCAUUCUUUUUGACCCCGAAAUAAUUAAGGGUCUAUAUCGACGGGGCCUCGUGUACUUUGAUGUUCCUGUGUAUCCUGAUGAUCGCUUUAAAGUUUCUAGGCUUGAAGGAUUUGUUUCAAACAGGGAACAGUUAUAUGAAGAUCCCAUUGAAGAGUUGCUUUAUGCUGUGUUCGUUGUGUCGAGUGAGAAUUCAACUGUUGCUGAGCUGGCAACAACUCUACAAGCUGAUCUCUCUCAGCUACAGGCUGCUGCAUCCUUUGCUUGUCGACUGGGAUGGGCACUGAAGCUUAUUGAUCCUGCAUCUAUUUUACAGGAAUCAAAUGCACCUGCAUCUCCUAAAAUUAUGCUCGGUGAUGAGGAUGAUGGAUCUCAUGCUACAAUGGGCUCUGGAAAUUUGUCUGGUGAUGCCAGUGGUCUGCAACCUGGAGAUACGUCGUUGACAGAAAAUUCUAGUCCAGCUGCUGAUUAUUCUCGUGUAGCGUUUGUUGUCGAUGCUAAUAUAACAUCUUAUCUUAUGAUGGGAUCUGUUUCACCGGGCCUAAAAUCUCAUGCUGUUACUCUGUAUGAAGCUGGAAAACUUGGUCAUGCAAGCAUUGCGGAUCUUUGCAGAGACCUUAUUACACUAGAAGGGGCCAAAUUUGAAGGAGAAUUACAGGAAUUUGCAAAUCAUGCUUUCAGUUUGAGGUGUAUCCUCGAAUGUCUGACUUCGGGUGGUAUAGUUGCUGAUAUACGAGAAAAAAUUGGUUCAAUAUCAUUGAGCAAAGAAGACGAGACUGUUGACAAAUCUAGAGAUUCUAGAAUGGAUGAAUGUAAGAUGAAUGUGGAUGAUUCUGAGAAACUAAUAUCUCCUGAGAGUGAUUGUUCUGCUGAGCCUUCGACUGAGGAUACUACCUGCUCCAAUGCUUUAUCCGAAGAUAAAGAAAUUAUGUCCGAGGUUUCUACAUUAAAUUUUACUUCACAAGAUGACGAAUCAUCUGAUUCUGUUGGAAGUAUGGCUGCCAGGAAAGAGAUAAGGAAACCACGGAAAUAUCAUGUGGACAUUCUUCGUUGUGAAAGCUUAGCUUCUCUGGCUCCAGCUACUUUGGAUCGUUUGUUUCACCGUGACUAUGACAUUAUCAUGUCCAUGAUUCCACUUCCUUAUUCUUCUGUUUUGCCUGGAGCCAGAGGUCCCAUUCAUUUUGGUCCCCUGUCUCAUGCUUCCAUGACUCCCUGGAUGAAGCUGGUGCUGUAUUCUGCUCUAUCCAGUGGACCUCUUUCUGUUGUUCUGAUGAAAGGUCAAUGUUUAAGAUUGCUUCCCGCACCAUUAGCUGGUUGCGAGAAAGCCCUUGUAUGGUCGUGGGAUGGAGCUACAGUGGGGGGUUUGGGAGGAAAAUUUGAAGGGAAUUUGGUGAAAGGAAACAUACUCCUACACUGUUUGAAUUCUCUUCUCAAGUACUCUGCUGUGCUGGUUCAACCUCUAAGUAGAUACGAUCUUGACAAAGGAGGAAAAGUUGUAACUCUAGAUGUUCCGUUACCCUUGAAGAAUAGUGAUGGUUCAAUGGCUAAUAUUGGUGAGGAACUCGGACUAUGCAAAGAGGAGUGUUCAAAGUUAAAUUCACUGUUACAUGACAUUUCAAACAAAAUAAAUCUGUGGACAAUCGGUUAUAUUCGGCUUUUAAGGCUGUUUAAAGAGAGGGAUCUUGAAAACUUGUCUGCUUCUGAUGAGAAGUAUGAAUGGGUUAUUCUCAGUACAGAAUUUGGAAUUCCCCUUUUUAGUCCCAAAUUAUGCAACAGUAUAUGUAAAAGAGUGGUCUGUUCACAGCUACUUCAGACGGACUUACACAAUGAGCAUAAUGAAGCAAUGCAAAACUUGAGAAGCAGGUUACGUGAUGUUUGUGCCGAAUACCAAGCAACUGGUCCCACUGCAAAGCUUCUUUACCAAAGAGAGCAAAUUAAGGAAAAAAGCCCAUCUCGACUGCUAAUGACUUAUGCAAGCGGAAAAUGGAAUCCGCUUGUGGAUCCUUCUUCUCCUAUAUCAGGAGCCUUAAGUGGGAACCAACGAUUAAAGCUUGCCAACCGGCAGCGUUCUCGCACAGAAGUCCUGAGCUUUGAUGGUAGUAUCCUAAGAUCAUAUUCACUGUCUCCAAUUUAUGAGUCUGCUUCCAGACCAGUUGAAGAUACUAUGGCAAAAGUUGAAGCUGAGGAUGCUGAUAGCAAAGAAGUAAUUCUUCCUGGAGUGAAUCUUCUUUUUGAUGGAUCUGAGUUGCGGCCUUUUGAGAUUGGUGCUUGCCUCCAGGCUCGUCAACCUGUGUCCUUAAUAGCAGAUGCAUCAGCAGUAUCUGCUUCUUGCGGAAGCUGCUUCAUAGAUACCGACUCAUCUGUUUUUACAACUACAAGAGGGUUGUUUAGGUUUUGUAGUUGCAGAGGCGGUUUCUGGAGAUUUCAGCCUGGCUUCUCAUAG